UCGGAGAAAGGUUUCCCCAAUUAAAUAGUCCCUUUGUAUCAAUCCUGUGAUAAAACUUUAGCCAUUUUAUGAUUUUUUAUACACUCAAUCAACUAGUCAUUUUAAUUUCAACAGUGAUUGGGGUGAAUGCCAACAACGUGAUUUAUUCUCGACACACGGAUUAAUAUAUUAUCAUACACACAACUGCUGAGAGACGUAAGCGAGGACUAUCCUUGUGACCACGUGACAAUUGUGAACAUGAAGGGCAUAUCAAAGGAUAAUAAUGAGGAAGCUGAAUCGACGUAACGAUCCACACCAGGAUGGCCAGUUGGCCGUUGAGAGCUACGCUCCUGUCCAGUGCCCUUAUCCUCGUUCAUGGCCGAGGAUUGGUGCUGGACAGCCAAGGACCAAUUUUGGUAUCAGAGCCGCGCUCGACCGUGGAAUUUUCCAACGAUACAGGAGCAAUGCUACAUUGUUCAGCUCACGGCAGUCCUGCACCAAGAGUGGAUUGGCUGAUGGGAGACGGCUCACCUGUACAUCCUAUCCCAAACAUCCGAGAGAUUUUGGUCAAUGGGUCCAUGUAUUUUCUUCCGUUUGGUGCUGAAAGCUAUCGACAUGAUGUUCAUUCUGCUGUAUACAGAUGUCAAGCUUCCAAUUCUGUUGGUCGAGUCCUUGGACGAGAAGUCAACGUGAAAGCUGUUGUCCGUCAAAAGUAUCAAGUUGGCGUUAAAGACUCACAUGUACUCGCUGGAAAUACUGGAGUAUUACGUUGUGACAUUCCAACACACACUAAAGAAUACAUUUCUGUUACAUCUUGGGUACAGGAUUCUGCAUUUAAUAUUUAUCCAUCACCUGAAAGCGACGGAAAGUAUCACAUGUUGCCUACCGGUGAGCUCCUCAUCUUCUCUGUUACUGCGGCUGAUACUCAUUAUGGAUAUCGAUGUAGAACCGUCCAUCAUGUAACUGGAGAUACCGUUGAAAGCUCAAACCAUGCCAGACUUAUUGUUACUGAACAUCGCAAUCCAGAGCCACCACGAAUCAAUGAACGUGUAAGCCCAGCUCCUGUUCGUGCCGGAGAAACAAUAGUCCUGUCCUGCAUUUCUCAAGGCAAUCCACCCCCAAUGUAUCUCUGGUAUCGUGAGUCAAUAGGCGGCACUGACGCUAUCGUUAAUUCAGAGAGGAUUCACGCUCGAGGAGGUGUCCUAAUUAUCCAAUCAGCAAGAGUUGAAGAUGCUGGUAGAUACGUGUGCCAUGUGAACAAUACUGCUGGUUCUGAACGUGUUGAACUUGAAGUCUCAAUUAUAAAUAGUCUAUCAAUACACCUUGCUCCACAACAAGUAACUAUUGAUUUAGGGAAAGAUGCCAAGUUUCAAUGUGCUGUGACAGGACAACCCACCCCAAUAAUUUCCUGGGCAAAAGAUGGACUUCCUGUGAGAGAAGGUGCUGGCAGGAUAAAAGUUGUUGGCAAUGGAGGAUCAACGUUACACAUAUCCUCCAUCACCAGGGAUGAUAAAGGAAUGUAUCAGUGCUUUGCUAAAAAUGAUCAUGAGAUGGUCCAAGCUACUGCAGAACUUCGGUUAGGAGACGCUGCGCCACAACUUGUAUAUAAAUUCAUCGAGCAAACAAUACAACCAGGACCUUCUGUCUCUCUGAAGUGCAUUGCAACUGGUAACCCGACACCUCAUUUCACGUGGACUCUAGAUGGAUUUCCUUUGCCUCAAAAUGACAGGUUCAUGAUUGGACAAUAUGUGACAGUUCAUGGAGAUGUGAUAUCACAUGUAAAUAUAAGUACUGUUAGAGUAGAAGAUGGUGGAGAGUACCGAUGUACUGCCGGCAAUCGUGUCGCCAAAGUUCAUCAUGCUGCAAGACUUAACAUCUAUGGUUUGCCACACGUCCGACCAAUGGGAAACUAUGCUGCGGUCGCGGGUGAGACCACGGUCAUCAAAUGUCCCGUAGCUGGAUUUCCAAUUGCUAGUAUCACGUGGGAAAAAGACGGUCAAUUAUUGCCGACUAGCAUGCGACAAGAAGUUUCAUCAAAUGGAACACUAGUACUACAUCAUGUAGAUAGCAAUACAGAUCGGGGCUCUUAUACAUGCACUGCGAGAAAUAAACAAGGCCAUUAUGACUCUCAAACAAUUCAAAUUGAAGUUAAAGUUCCACCUAGCAUAGCUCCUUUUAGUUUUAACAAGGAUUUAUCGGAAGGAGUUCGUGCUCAGGUUGCUUGUGUAAUAGAGAAAGGUGACCCGCCAUUCACGAUAAUAUGGUCUAAAGAUGGUGAACCAAUCGCCACUUCAUCACCUUCUAGCUUUGGGUCUGCAAGCAGUACUGUUACUCAUAAAACCAACUUACCCAAUAGCAUAUCUGGCCUACGUAUUACCAGCAUGGAUGUCCACUCCAGUACCAUCUCAAUCGACCGUGUUACUGCCGCUCAUGCUGGCAACUAUACGUGCAUAGCACGCAACUCCGUUGCUGAAGUCUCAUCUACUGCACAAUUAGUCGUUCGUGUACCUCCACGUUGGGUGAUGGAACCACAGGACGUUCACGCACCUGAGGGUAUGUCUAAGUUAAUGCUUCACUGUCGAGCGGAUGGUUUUCCACCACCAGCUGUCACAUGGAGAAGAGGAAUGGGCUCUAGACCAGGCAGCUAUCAUGAUAUUACAAGUCAUGAGCAUGCUGAAGAGCUCAGAAUUCAUUCAAAUGGUUCUCUUGUGUUUGGAAGAGUCCAAGAGGAUCAUGAAGGAUAUUAUCUUUGUGAAGCUGAUAAUGGCAUUGGUGCUGGUCUCAGUAAAGUUGUUCAUUUGACUGUCAAUGCUCCAGCCCGUAUCAUAGAGAAACAUCGUAACCAAACGGCUCGACUAGGUUCGAGAGCUUCUCUACGAUGUGAAGCGAAGGGUGAUCACCCCUUAAACAUCCUAUGGCGAAGAGCAGGCUUCCAAUUAGAACCAGCGGUCUCCGAUUAUCGGUACACAGUGAAGGAAAUGAAUACCACAGAGGGUGCAGUUAGUAUCCUUGAACUCAUUAGUACAUCUAGAGAAGAUAGUGGAAGAUAUUACUGCACUGCUUCUAACGCUUAUGGAGGUGAUGAGAUGACUAUGCAUUUGUACAUACAAGAGCCACCAGAUUUUCCAAGGAAUAUUCACGUACUUGAGAAAGGAAGUCGUUACAUAAAAUUAGGAUGGACCAGCAGUCAAGACGGGAACAGUCCAAUAACUCAGUACAUUAUUGAAUAUAAAGUAGACGCAGAAGUUUGGCAUGACCAUACGUUCCACACAACUGUUUCUGGAACCCAGACUUACGGUCAUGUGAAUGGAUUGCGACCUGCUACGAGUUAUCAGUUUCGGGUAUUUGCUGAGAACGAAUUGGGUCGUAGUCAAGCGAGCGAUAUUCUCGAAGUAACAACUGAUGGAGAGAAGCCUGGUGGACCACCACGUAAUCUCAAAGUCGAACCAAUUAGCUCAACAGAUUUCAAAGUCACUUGGGACCCACCAGACCAAGACUUAUGGAAUGGAGAAAUUUUAGGAUAUCAUGUUGGCUUUAAAGAGCAUAGGCUAUCAGCAGAACAAUAUACGUACAAAACGGUAGAAGGUCGUCCAAUAUCUGCCAGCGCAACUCUCGGGUUGGCCCGAACUGCUAUACCAGGUCGUGAAUGCCAGCUGACAAAUUUAAAGAAGUACACACAGUACAGUGUAGUAGUUCAAGCUUACAAUGCACUCGGCCCGGGACCAAUGACUGCUGAAGUUGUAGCAACAACUUUAGAAGAUGUGCCAAGUAGUCCACCCCAAGAUAUUCGGUGUACAGCCCUUUCAUCCCAAUCACUCCAAGUAUCUUGGGAAGCACCCCCAGAUACAAGCUUGAAUGGAAUGCUCCGAGGAUUCAAGGUGAAUUGGGAAAGCAUGGAUUCUUUAACAGAAACACCAAAAUAUGACACAAAAAUAACUGCAGCAUUAACAGUUGUGAUAAAUAAUUUAGAAAAAUAUACGAAUUAUUCAAUCCAAGUAGCAGCAAUGACAAAGCCAGGUGAUGGUGUUCCAUCAGCUCCAAUUUAUUGUAGAACAAAAGAAGACUUACCAGAAGUUCCAGCGAGCAUAAAAGCAGUAGCCAAUUCAAAUGAAUCAAUUAUAGUUUCUUGGCUACCACCUUUGAGGGCAAAUGGAGUGAUAACUUCAUAUUAUGUUUACAUUAAAAGUAAUGAAAGCGAUGAUAAGUGGUAUAAGCAGACGCUCAAAGCUCACAAAACUAGUUAUAGAGCUGAGAAUCUUCACAAGAGGAUUCAAUAUUCAUUUCACGUAGCUGCUGUCACGUCAGUUGGUGAAGGACCUAAAACUCCAUCUGUUUCUGCUUCUCCUUCCAGUCAUGUUCCAGCUGCAAUUUAUUCCUUUGGAAUGAGUCCAAUUGUCCCUUGGAAACAAGAUGUAACUUUACCGUGUCAAAGUGUUGGAAAACCGUCACUGCUAUGGAAACAGUGGGGCAGAAUUGUAAAAGCAUCAGGAAGAAUUACGAUUCACACUGAUGGUUCGCUACAGAUCACUGAUCUUCAUAGAGAAGAUAGCGGCAACUAUACUUGUCAUGUGGAAAACCAACAUGGAUCUGAUCAGAUUACACAUAAAUUGAUAGUCCAAGUUCCUCCAUCUGCUCCACUUCUCCUUGCUACCAGCACAACCAGUAACUCUAUCAGUGUUCAGUGGAAACCCGGAGACGAUGGUGGAGCUGUUAUAAGAGGCUAUAUUCUCCACUACAAGCGCAAGUUUGGAGAAUGGGAGGAGGUAAAAGUCUCACAUAAGAUAAAUGGUCACCUCCUGUCUAAGCUCUGGUGUGGUACUGAGUACCAGAUUUACCUCACCGCGUACAAUAGAAUUGGCAUGGGCUCCCCGAGCGAGUUUGUUAAAGCGACAACUAAAGGCUCCAAGCCUGCCAACUCACCCGGAAGUGGAGACAAGUUCAUCACUGUCAAUGUAUCUUGGAUUGUUUUACAUUUAAGCAACUGGAAUGAUGGUGGCUGUCCUAUUACAUGGUUUGAGCUUGAAUAUAAGAAGAAUGGAGAGGAACUGUGGACUCUUGUGUCUAAUAAUAUUGAAGUUCAAAAGUCAUACACAUUAAGUGAGCUCCAACCAGGAACAACGUAUGAUAUACGUGUAAGAGCUCACAAUAAUGCUGGAUCAUCAGUUGCCGAGUAUAAAAUCACGACACUCCAGCCUCACAUCACCACGACUCAACCCACGGUGGAAAUCGAUCAAUACAUCCCCCAACAAUCAUCAGUUUUACCUGAUUUAAAGCUUAUUGUUCCACUUGUUUUGUGUUCUUUCGCGAUUAUUGCUGCUGCUGGUGCUGUUUUUUAUUGUUUCCGUAAACGUCCUUUAUUAGGUGAAAUAGGAAGUCUUCAUGAUGCUCAAACUGCCGCUGCGCUGGACAAUAAACAAAACAUGGAACAACGAGAACAAUAUUAUGCCACUGUUAGAAAACCUUUAAGAUCACCUAUUCAUGAAAUGGGCACUCUUGAAAGAAUUCCUGAAUACUCCGAAGACAUCUAUCCGUACGCGACAUUCCAGUUGAAGGAAAGCGUACCAGCUGGAGGAGACAAUCGUUGUGAUUCUGCUGCACCGUUACAAACAUUUGUUUAUCAUGAUCCAAGGCUUUCAGCUGCGGAUACUCUUCAAUUACGUGAGUCGGAUUGCAACCGGUACACUAAGGUGCGCGGAGGCCGUUCGUCCUCUGCACCAUUGCAUAAAAGUCACAAGGCCAAUCACGGCAAGUCCGAGUCGGAAGAGUACGACACCCUGGGCUCGGACAGCGACACGGAAGUCGGGACCAGCAGCCGAACUGAGUCUUCCAAUCACCUCGUCGAUUCGCACCACUCGGCCUUUGCAGCCGACGCGCGUGUUCACAACUUCCUGUACCAUGGACCAGAAUCUAGCACGUCUACGGAACCCUCACCGAUUUUUGAGAGAAAAUCGUUUCCUGGAAGGGGACGACCCAAGAUGUUACAGUUGGCGCGUUAUACCGGCGAGGAGACCCGUACAAGUUUCGGGACAAUCCCCAGGCCUGGCAAUUCCAAGCACCAGCCGAGCAAUAGGAUCAGGGAGCAGCAGCAGGAGCAGCGGGGGGAUGCAGGAUCAGGAAACCUGUUCGUCCCCAAGUUGGACCCACCCUCGGGGUUCUCCGACGCGCUUGAGCUAAGCGAAGCUGAGUGUGACCUCGAUCGUGGUCGAAAUAACCAAAGAAAUAGACGAGAUUUCGUAAUUGCGGUGUAAAUAAUUGUGCAAAUGACUUGACUCAACUACAAAAAAAGUCAUCAACAAAACGAAUAAAAAAUUCCUUCUUUAUUCCACCAACCCUGUUGUCGAAAGUAUGCAACAAUUGUCCUUUUUCUGAUGUGUUAAUAUAAGAUUGUUCGUUCACAUGCUCACAUUUUGAAUUAACGAAUUGACUUGGACGACAAAAAUGAAAAUUAAUGUAAUAAAUAUGAAGAUGAAAAAUGACUAAUAUUAAAAUAUAAAUGUAAAGUUAUAAAAUAACAAAAAAGAGCACUGCCAUCGUUUCGGCGCGUGUGGCACUAACUUUUUAACCAUAAAAAAAAAUUUUUCAUGUCUGGAAUCGGCACUUUAAUUAAAAAGAAAAUUAAUAAAUCGAGU